GGCCCAUUGGGCCUCUUGUCUUGCAAUCUAUUAUGAAUAGAUAAAAUAUGUUAGAAGAAUGGAAGAGUGUCUUACCAGGGAUCCUGCGAGUGUUACUACUUGCAUGUCCAUUCACCUGGGCAGGUAUCGCAAGAGUGAUAUAUACAUGUACAGGUAAAUGUUGAACAGGUGGCGGGAAAUGAAGAAUGGGGAGUUUUAGCCAAUUGCACGCUCACAUGCUCACGAUAUAUGUAUUGCUACACCUACCGGUGACCCCAUGACCUGAAUGUAUUAUAUAUACCCAGGUUACACAUGUAAUACACCUUUUACUUCAAUCCCAGAUCACUUCAUCUUUUUUUUGUAGAGAUAUGAGUGGAGAUGAUGCCAGUAUUCCAAAAGUCCCUGCAGCAAAUGUCAAGUCUUCAAGAUAUAUCCUAGAAGGAUAUGAUCUGUAUGUUCUGUUGAUUCAUGAUCAAAGACAGCAGGUUAAAUAUAUAUCGUGUGAUGCAGAAGACAUGGAAGAAAAGUCAAAAAGUAGGAUAAACAAUGAUUUGGAGCGGCUAAAAGAAAUUUUGAAAGAAAAAUUUAAACCUGAAAUCAAAGAAAUUGGUGUAAAUGAUCAGAUGAUGAUUCCGUGCUUUGAAAAAGAACUACAAAAUGUUUCUGGAGCCAUUAGCACCUGUCCCAAUGUUGGAGCGUUCCUCUGUGUAUUUCUCGGAUUUGGUGGGUCCGAGUAUGUUUAUCUUGGACGUGAAAAAGAAGAAAAAAUUCAGAAAAUGGAAUUUGCUGCUGUGGUGAAACACUUCAAUGGAGAAAAUUGUAAAUCUUUGGCAACGAAACCAAAAAUGUUCUUUGUUCAGGCUGAGACAACCAGUCCUGCAUUACCAAGAAGUGGACAACGAAGUGGUAGAGAAGAAGAGGAUGGGUUGAUCAGGAUUCCCAUACAAGCAGAUAUUUUUGUCUAUUUUUCCUCAGCACUUGCAGGAGAAUUUUGGAAUGAAGUUCCGGUGACUGACACAGAUAAGGACAAUGUGAUGUCCAGGUUUGUGAGGUUGUUGUGUUGUGAACUAAAAGAAUUAAAACCUAGUUCCAGUAUCGAGAUACAAAAGAUGGUGAUCAGAAUCAAUUUACAGAUCCAAGAGGCAAAAUUUAUAUGCAAACCACCUGAAGGUGUAGAUCUUUUACCACUUGUGACAAGUCAGCUGACAAAAGAUCUUUUUCUGGCUGAUUUCAUGGAAAACCCAAAAGCGAAUGUAUAAGACUCUUACAUAGGUUAGCAUGCUUUCAAAUAACUGCAGGAUCCAUAUAAGAAAUGAUCACUGUAUUGUAGGUGAGCGAUUCGGGCCCAUUAGGCCCUUGUAAUGAUUAGUUAAUUGUGAUCUCUUAAUACUUUGUAAAAAUCACUGCAAAAUUAGAAAUACCAAAUGUACUUACAAUCAACCAAGGCAGCUUAAUGUAUACAAAUAUUAUCUCCUCAAUGUGAAAAGAAAAAAAGUGUUGUUAACUCUUCAAUCAGUUAAUUUUUGUACGAUUUUAUCAUUAUCCUAUAUAACUAUGUACAAUGAUGAUUUUGUUCAAUUUUAUUGUUAACUUUUACAACUUUGUACAUUUAAUCAUUAUCCGAUAUACCUAAAUAUGUACAAUGAUGAUUUUGUACAAUUUUGUAAGAUUUUUAGGUCACCUGUGACCAUCAAGUGACCUUUAUAACUAUGUACAAUGAUGAUUUUGUUCAAUUUUAUUGUUAACUUUUACAACUUUGUACAUUUAAUCAUUAUCCGAUAUACCUAAAUAUGUACAAUGAUGAUUUUGUACAAUUUUGUAUGAUUUUUAGGUCACCUGUGACCAUCAAGUGACCUUUUCCAACUGCCUUUUGUCUGUCAUCCAUCCAUAAACAUUUUACAUUUUCAACUUCUUCUCCAAAACCACUGAACCAAAUUCAAUGAAAUUUAGCAGGGAACUUCCAUGGCCAAAGGUCAACCAAAAUUGAGGGCGGGACCAAAAGGGGUUGAAUUGACUAAAAUUUCAAAAAUCUUCUUCUCAACUCCCAGAUAUGGUAGAAUCAAAUACUCUUCACAGAUAGAAAGGUCUAAAGGUCCUUUACCAAAAUUGUAAAUUUCAUGACCUCGGGUCUCACAUUUCCCCCUGGGGAGGGGGUAAAUUUUACUACUGUUUAUAUACGAUAAAUCACAAUUUUGAGCAUAAUUUGUUCCAAUUGCCAUUAGAAAUAAUAUAAACUUGGUUAGAAUUAUCAGUAUGGGAUGCCUGUUGUAAACGACAUGUAUAUUGGUACUGGCUGACAACCAGGGGCUUAUUGGCGGGGCCAAAAAGGGUCAAAUUAACUGAAAUGUCAAGAAACUUCUUAAGAUGUAAAUAGGGUAGAAUAAAAUACUCUUCAUAGAUGGAAGGGUCUUAGGGUGCUUUACAAAAAUUGUGAAUUUAAUGACCUGGGGUCUCACGUUUGCCCCUGGAGAGGGGUGUAAACUAAACUAUAGUUUAUAGAGGGAAAUCAAAUUUUUGACUAUCAUUUGUUUGAUUUCUAUUGUUAACAUUAUCAGCAUUGGAUGACAGAUUGAUGGUAUGCACAUGUUGGCCCUGACUGACCCGUUGGGCUGAUGGGUGGUGCCAAAAAGGGUCAAUUAAAUUAAAACUCAUAUGACAGUUAAGGCCAAUGGGCCUCUUGUAUUGUUAUAACUUUUACAACUUUGUACAAUUUUUUCAUUAUCCUAUCACUAAUACAACGAUGAUUUUGUACGAUUUUAUCAGUAUUCUAUAGAACUAUGUACUGUAUAAUAAUCAUUUCUUCAAUAUAAAAGUUGCUCAAUUGUUAAUAAAGUUUACUAAGAACCAU